GGAGCCGCCGCCGUCGCCGUCGCCGCUCUGCCGCCGCCACCACCGCUACCGAGGCCGUGCGGAGCCGUUAUCGCCGCGCCGCCCGCCCCGGAGCAGAGCCCCGGGCCUUCCCGCCCGUGUUCAGAAGAUCUCCUUCUCAUGCUGUGUGGCCCGGUUCAGAGCACAAACACCGCUUGAAGCUGCCUCCAACUGCCAAGGCUUCUCCACCUCCUCCAGAAUCAACUGUUCCUGAUUUUUAAGUAAUACCAUGUCUAAUGGUUAUGAAGACCACAUGGCCGAAGACUGCAGGGAUGAUAUUGGGAGAACGAAUUUAAUUGUCAACUACCUCCCUCAGAACAUGACCCAGGAGGAACUACGGAGUCUAUUCAGCAGCAUUGGCGAGGUUGAAUCUGCAAAACUUAUUCGGGAUAAAGUAGCAGGACAUAGCUUAGGGUACGGCUUUGUGAACUAUGUGACUGCAAAGGAUGCAGAGAGAGCAAUCAGCACGCUGAACGGCUUGAGACUCCAGUCGAAAACCAUUAAGGUGUCAUACGCUCGCCCAAGCUCAGAGGUCAUCAAAGAUGCCAACUUGUACAUCAGCGGGCUCCCGAGGACCAUGACUCAGAAGGAUGUGGAGGACAUGUUUUCUCGGUUUGGGAGAAUCAUCAACUCCAGGGUCCUUGUGGAUCAGACCACAGGUUUGUCCAGAGGGGUUGCGUUUAUCCGGUUUGACAAACGGUCGGAAGCAGAAGAGGCAAUUACCAGUUUCAAUGGUCAUAAACCCCCAGGUUCCUCCGAGCCCAUCACAGUGAAGUUUGCAGCCAAUCCCAACCAGAACAAAAACAUGGCUCUCCUCUCGCAGCUGUACCACUCGCCUGCUAGGCGGUUUGGAGGCCCUGUGCACCACCAGGCGCAGAGAUUCAGGUUCUCCCCUAUGGGUGUAGAUCACAUGAGUGGGAUUUCUGGUGUCAAUGUCCCCGGCAAUGCUUCCUCGGGCUGGUGCAUCUUCAUCUACAACCUUGGGCAAGACGCUGAUGAGGGGAUCCUCUGGCAGAUGUUUGGCCCCUUUGGUGCAGUUACCAAUGUGAAAGUGAUUCGUGAUUUCAACACCAACAAGUGCAAAGGGUUUGGUUUUGUGACCAUGACAAACUAUGAAGAAGCUGCAAUGGCCAUAGCAAGUCUGAACGGCUACCGCCUGGGGGACAAAAUUUUACAGGUUUCCUUCAAAACCAACAAGUCCCACAAAUAACUCGCUCAUGCUUUUCUUUUUUCUUUCCUUUUUUCUUUUUUUGUACGGAAUAGAUAAUUAAGAGUGAAGAAGUUGAAACUUUUUUGUUAGUGUACAACUCAUUUUGCGCCAAUUUUCACAAGUGUUUGUCUUAGUCUAAAUGAGAAGUGCAAAAGGUUUUUAUACUCUGGGAUGCAACCAACAUGUUCAAAUGCUUGAAAUCCCACAAAUGUUAGACCAAUUUUAAGUUUUCUUAAGUUAUUUCCUUUAAAGUAUAUAUUAAACCGAAACCUAAGUAGACUGCAUUGACUAACCAGUCCCUCUGGAUGGUGGUGGAACUGAAGCAUGCUUUAACUUCUAAGACUGUCUAACACCUGUUUCAUUCGAUGUCUCCGCAGACCAGAUUUAAAACAAAACAAAACCUUUUUUUUUUUCUUCUUAGGUUUAGUUUUUAACCUAAAGAUGUUAGACAGAUGGAGUGUGUUUUCUUAACUGCUUCACCAUUUUAAGCAAUUUCUGCUGUAGCUGACAGGAAAUUUGCCCUCCCCAGCAGGUCCCACUGCUGCCUCCUGCCCAGUCAGUCCUGGCUCUGGUGUUGGGAGCAGCAGCAGGGCCCAUAUUCUGUGUGGGCCCUCACCAGGGAGGGGUGAGUUCCCCAUGUUGGGCUGGGUCAGGCCCUCCAGAGGACACGAAGGUGUUUUAUAAGCCCAGGCACCAAUGAGAACGGACCAAAGAGUUUCAGGGCAGCUCCAGUAUAUUCCAGAGUCAGACCUGAGCUCCAGGCAUGCCUGAAGAUGUCCCACUCCUCUGACAUCCUGAGUGUCUGUCCACACAUUGCAUGCAUGGUGCCCACACAUCGGAUACUGUUGUUCAAGUAUCUCAACCUCUCAAGUUUCCAAGACCAUUUAACCUAGCUUGAAUGCACAAUGAUAGCUCUGUUUUUAAUGACACAGAAACAUUUGAGCAUUGUAUUUCUCGCAUCCCUCCUUGUGAGCGCUAGACUUUCUCCGAUCUUAGUCAGAUUUUUGUUUUGAAAUUUUGCUUUUGUAUGGACACUCAGCAGAAAAGUACUUCUUGCCAGUUAUCUAUUAACAAAAACCUUUGAUUUGUAGUUUUAAGGAUUAACCCUCAAAGUUCUCUUCAUAACUGCCUUGACGUUUGGGGUUCUGUUCUGUUAAUUUUCUUUUGCUUUUUUGUGUUUUUUGUUUGUUUUUACUUUUGCAUUUAAGACCAUUAAAUUUGAUUUUGUUUUGCUCGAGUUUUGUUUUGUUUUUUGUUUUACCUUUUCUUUCUUUUUUGGAUAGGGAAGGCACAGACAGCCCAGCAUUCAGGGAGGAGUCUGUCAGACCUUAUAAACACUUGCCUCAAAGUUUAAAAAGCAUUUCUGGAUCUAUGGUGUAGAAACACAGCUGUGGAUCAAUGGUUCUUCACUCGGGAGCUGGUAGGAAAAGUCAGAGGGAUGGCCUUCGGAGCAGAUGAGGCCUGAGCCCUGCAGCCCUCAGAACUGUGCUCGGAUUUUUAUUGGCAUGUGGAGGAAAUGACAACAGGCUAGCUCAGUUACUGGCAGCUCUUCACUUUGAUGUGAGCCUGGAGUGUGUAACAGCAGGCUAGUAUUUAGUUCUUGAUAUCAUGAGAUGACAGCAUUAUUUAUAUAUUUGUUUACUUAUUUAUGUAUUUAGCUAUUUAUUUUGUUUAACUUAUUUAAGUGGAAAACUGAGCAACAAGCACAGCCAUCGCUAAAGCAGGUCAUCGUGUCAAGAAACCCUUGAACAAUUUGUGGCUGCCUAUCCCCUCCCCCUGCCUCCUUUCCCUGACUUCCCUGCAGUGUUCCCCACAUUGAUGACGUUGUCUCAAGUACCAGGGCUUUGUCCCACCCUACGGAAGCCAAGUGCUGCUCGCUCUUUCCCAGAAUUAACCAGCCUGUAGAACCUGAAACCAAAAAGGCCCAUUUGCCCAGAUCUGACCAAAAAAGAGGGGUCACCUGCUCUGUUGCUACAGAGUGCUCCUCCCCAUAGGACCAGAAUGUUCUGGUAAAAUAGGCAUUUCCAGUUUCUCAGGCCAACAUUCUUCUGAGUGAAGGUGGGAUUCCCAAUCUGAGCCUUCCCUGCUUUCUCCUCACUCCUGCAGCCUUAGCUAGUGCCCCAUACCUGAAAGGGACUGUAUCUUUAAAGCACCUGGUGCUCGGAGCCAGCACCUCAGUCACUACCAUCUCCACCCCACAAACACCUAUUUAUUCCAUAGUGAUCAUUCUGACCAGAAGCAUGAGAGGAAAGGGGGAAGUCUUAACAGCUUCUGGUUAAGGUCGCCUCAAGUAGAGUGAAAUUCUCUUUCUGUGUGGUCAACACUGUCUGAACAACAUUCUAGAUAAAAGUCAUAGUGCAUUUCUUUAUGAGCUUUCUUUGUCAGUGUCUAGGAGUUAGCUUUGAAAAGACAUUCCUGAAAGCAAUUUUCAUUCUAUGAAGGGACUACUAGAUGCUGGACCUGAGCUCAAGAGUUCAUGAUGGCUUGUAGAGGCUUGCUAAAAAGGGGACAUUCCAGAAUCCAGAAAUGUGUGUGAUUAAAGCGCUUGCCAAGGAUGAACGAAGCCAUGAGUUCCAUCCCAACACUGGAGAAAAAGUCACAACCCAAGAAACUAUUUCUUAAUUUUUUUUUAAUUACAGAAAUCCAUCCUGUUUUUAUUGAGCAGAAUAAGGGCAUUCCUUGCGUUUGGUAAUCUGAUAAAAAAAAAAUACAGAGUAGGUAAUGUUCAUUCAUCAGAAAUAUGGUUCAGCCAAUACCAAAGAGGCUUUGACUGAGUUCACUUGACCUGUAUGAUUGGCCCUGGUCGUGGGUUAUCUGUUGAGCCACCUCCAGAUCUUCAGCCUACUAGUUGGGUUACCUGUUUUCUUCCUGGAGUGAUUCUCUCUCCCAACUGAAACUUUUCUAGGUAAUGUGCCAAGCCCUCUUGGCUGUGCCUCUGGUUGCAGUGCUGUGACUGUACCCCUCCUCCCUAUACUUAGAUGCUUGCUCAGCUACCAUCUUGCUUGACUAUCGGAGAACCAGACAUCCCUGGGGUGGGGUUAAGGGGUGAUGCCACUAUACUGUGUGGGUUCUGUCUCUCUCGCAGUUGCCUUAACCUUUUGAGAGUCUGCACUUGACAGUAAGUAGUUCAGGAACCCUCCUGACUAUAAGGAGCUAAGACAAGUCUCCUGGCUGGCAUUUAAGGGGAAUCCUGCUGGGUCAGAGAAAUAGAUGAACCUCCAAGACAGUGGCAGGUUAUCUGCCUGGGUUUGCCUCCAAACAGAAGCCAUUUGUCUAUAACAUAACCUGUUGAAAGGAUGUGACCUACUCCAGUCUGGUGUUACAUUUGGAAAUCAAAGUUGAAAUAACUCAGCUCUUCCUAUUAGCAUGAUUUAGCCCAAUUUUAUCUCUUGAUGUUUUGUGCAGCCAGCUUUCCUCUAUUGGAUGAAAGAAAAUAUGAAUAAGCUGAAAGGAGCCUCUGCCUUCUCCAUCCCAACACAUUAACCCCUUCCUAUCUUCCCAGGAACUGCCUCACCUACUGGGACCUAAGUUAGCUCCUGAGGAAAGACCUCUGGGGUUCAUCACACUCAAGAAGUCAGGAAUUCUAUUUCCAAACUUCCCUAGAGCACCCCAAAGUCAUGAACGCUUACUGUUGAGUAGCAUUGAUGAUUUGACAUAUUCUUAGGGGAGCAAUAGAGCAUGCAUUUCCAUCCUAAAUAAGGACUCCCCCCACCCCCCACCCCCACCUUUGACCUUUAAUAAUGAUUGUAUUACAUUUUCCCAUAACCUUUUGCUGAUGUGGUUCAAUUUCUUUUUCUCAGUCAUGAAAAUAUUUAUUACUUAUUUAUUACUUGUAAGUCACCAGCUGCCAAGUAUCCGCAUUAGGCUGAUGGAGACUUUGAGAGGACUGUGCUUUUCUGUUCCCUUCCCCAGAAGAGAAGGCUGGUUGGUUGGUGGAGGCCACCUCUCUUCCCACAUGCUGUUUUCCCUCACAGUGGCUUGCUUUGGGGGAGGGGAGGGCUUCUACCAGCUGAUUCCCGUGUUGUACACUAGAUGGCUAGACAUUUUUGUAUAUUAGUGUGUUUUAAGUUAUUGAUUUGUUUUAUAUGAAAUAAUUUAUUUUUCAGGUACCAUUUUUUUUUCAUUUUAACUUUGUUUUUACAUGGGUUUGUUUUCAAUAAAGUCUGACACUGCUGUCCAAAGUCAACAAUAAAGUGAAUCCCAUUGUGUUCUUUUUAGGAUGUUUAUGUAACUAGCCUUUAAAAGUAAUUUUCAGAAAAGGAAAGAUAGGGACAAAGCCCUCACCUGUUCCCUUCCCAGUUUGCCUUUUCCCACUACUUUAAAUCCUUGUGAAUAAAUGUUCUUCAGUGUUUUAGGAAGAAGAAGCAAACCUAGAUUUUGAUAAUUCAGAAGAUUUCAGAUUAAUGAAGCUUUGAAAGAACCAUUUUUCGAAAUUUAGUGACGUGUGAAUAUUUUUUGUCAAUGGCUUUCUCAAAGAGAAUGAAACUUUUGCACCAUUUUCAGAGUUUUUAUAGAGAUGCCAAAUUGAUAUAUUUACAUGUAAUGGAAACAUGAAAAAAAGUUUUAUUAAACAAUUGUUCAUAGCUGUGUAGACAUUUUAAUUCAGUUUCCAAAGCUCUUCAAAAGCGUAUUUUGGAGGUAUGGGGCGUUAACUGAUGAUUCCAAAUGAGUCAGUUUGUCCGAAUACUCAGUUCCUUUGCAGGUGUCAGGUUUGUGCUAAACACUGUAUGUUACCAGUGACUGGAAUUCUGUGAUAUUUUGGUAAUAAAUGAAGUGGGAUCAUUGA